CAAGAACAACUUAGGGCUGAACUUUCAUCUGUCACGACAACAAAGUAACAACUUUCCUCCAUGGAGAGAACAAAUCUGUAACUUAUUGUGAGGAUAAACCAAUGGAAACAACACCUAACAACAACGAGGAGCCGACGUUAACUCCAGACCCAGGAGGACAGAAGCAUGAUCAGUCACCAGCAGAGAAAGUGUUUGGUCGACAGCUGAGUGAACCAGGGCGCUUUGCGUACGCUGGGUUAUGUGGAGUGUCUUUGGGCCAGCUGUUUCAGGGACCUGAGCAAAAAUGUUUUCGUGAGAUGUAUCUGCAGGGUCUUGUUCAGUGGCUGGAUCUUGAUGAGUCGGUCAUGCCUGUUAUGCAAGCGUUCCUGGCAGGGCUCGGGUUCGAAGGCACUGACACCUUCCUGUCCAUCUUGCAUGCGGAGCCGCUGCUCAGAGCCGGAGCUUUACUCAUCACUCAGGAUCUUGUGUCAUUCUCGGUCAAAGAUGGACAUUAUGAUGCCAGGGCUCGAGUUCUGAUCCGACAUGUCAGCUGUCUGCUGCGUGUGACCCAACAGCAGCUGGAGGAUUUUGAAGAGACUCUUGGAGAGAAAUUGAGAGAGUCAGGAGAGGAGAGCGAAGAAGAGUCAUCAGGAAGGCAGAAGAAAGAGAGAGGUCGUAAAUUGCGCCGGUACCUGCUCAUCGGACUUGCCACUGUGGGUGGAGGAACAGUAAUUGGUGUUACAGGAGGGCUGGCGGCUCCUCUGGUGGCUGCUGGGGCAGGAGCAGUGCUAGGAGCGGGUGGAGCCGCUGUGCUGGGAUCAGCCACGGGCAUCGCCAUCAUGGCUUCCUUGUUUGGAGCCGCAGGGGCCGGGUUAACAGGCUAUAAAAUGAACAAGCGUGUCGGCGCUAUAGAGGAGUUUGAGUUUCUUCCGAUGAGUUCUGGAAAGCAUCUUCAUCUCACUAUAGCCGUGACAGGCUGGCUGUGCAGCGGCCAAUACAGUUCGUUUCAGGCUCCCUGGUCCAGUCUAGGAGCGUGUGGCGAGCAGUACUGUCUGAAAUGGGAGUCGCGUUAUUUAUUGGACCUGGGCUCUAUUCUGGACUCAUUAUGGGAUGGGCUUGUUAGUGUUGUGGCUCAGGAGGCCCUCAAAUACACAGUGCUCUCAGGCAUAGUAACGGCUCUGACAUGGCCUGCGUCUCUGCUGGCUGUGGCCAGUGUGAUCGACAACCCCUGGGGAGUGUGCCUGAGCCGAUCAGCAGAGGUGGGAAAACACCUGGCCCAGGUGCUCCGGAGCCGACGGCAGGGAAAGCGGCCUGUCAAUCUAAUUGGCUUUAGCCUUGGAGCUCGCGUCAUCUACUUCUGCCUAGAAGAGCUCGCUAAUGAUCAAGGUAGUGAAGGUGUGGUGGAGGAUGUGGUGUUGCUGGGGGCCCCUGUGGACGGAUCGGAGAAAGCAUGGCAGAGACUGUCCAGGGUAGUGGCUGGGAAGAUUGUUAAUGGAUAUUGCAAAGGGGAUUGGCUUCUUGGAUUCCUGUACAGAAGUUCAUCUGUCCAACUGUCUGUUGCUGGGCUGCAGCCAAUCAGUUCGCAAGACCGCAAAAUAAUCAAUGUUGAUCUGUCAUCAGUGGUAAAAGGACACCUGGACUACAUGCGUCAGAUGGACACCAUCCUAGUAGCAGUAGGGGUUCCUACCAGGGAAGAAGCUGGAGCCCUGAGUGGCAAACUACAGCUGGUACAUUUAUCUCAGGAAAAAACAGGCACUCCAGAACCAGCUGGUCUGAGCAGAGUCAUGGGGGAACCAUCCAUGGACAUUUCAAACAAUGAUACCUCAGACACCACAGAGACAAAUGUAAAUGAAUACAAGAAACAGACUGGAGACAAGGAACGGUGUGAGAGGAAAAACUCUGAGAAUGGCUGGGAUAUCCCUGAUAUAUCUGAUUUAUUGGACUCCAUCAGUGAAUGUGAUGGCAUCCCUGAACCAUCUCAAGAUGAAGGCAAAAUAGACAGAGAAGAUGAAAGUGACACAUACUGUGAGCACACAUCCUGGGACUGGGAUGACACGAACUGGACUACUGAAUGCACAAACACAACCUACCAGUCGCACACUGAAGCACACGAACAGUUAGUCAUUGGCAAACCUGCUGGUUCUUGCCAAGAGCAAUGAAAUCGUGACAUUUCCAUAAUUCACAACUCAAAAAAUGUGGGUCGGGUCUAGAUGGUAUACCUUGUUCCAAGAAACUCUCCUGAGAGUCGCAUUUGCUGCUACCAGGAUUGAGGGUUGUGCGUAGGGUCGCUGUGGAACUCAAAUAAACACAGUGUUUGAAUGUCACAUGUGAAUCUCUCAAGACUUUUGGCAGAAGAAGGGUUACCAUCUAGACACCACCCAGAAUGUAAGUUAGCAAUAUAAGCUAGGAUCAACUGGAACCUUGUCUUUUUGUCAUUCUGAUAUUGUCUAAUAAUAUAUAUAUAAUAAGUUAUUUGUGGAUAUCAUCUCAUGAUUUUUUAAGCACUGCUCAAUGUAAUUUGUGAUAAACUGCUAUGUGAAAACUGUCAGUAUUUCAUGUAUACCAUUUUCCCCCUUCAUUAGAAGUGGUUUGCUGUUUAAUUAAGAUGUGAAUUAUAGUUCCACAGACAACCCACUUGACAUUGUGUGAAGUAUUAGUGAGAUUUCUUUCACUCUCGUCUGCUUUAUCCAUCUGUUGUUUUGGUUGUUAUGGUAAUGAAUGAACCGGGAUGCGUGUGGAGUCUGUUAAAAAUGUACAAUCUCUAUGAUCUGCCUUGAGGAGCGAUGCAGCCUUCCAGUUUAGGCCUGACUAUCCCAUUAACACUUAUCCCAUUGAUUUUUUUUUUUUUUUUAGCAUUGUAUGUUUCAAAUUUUUUUUCAUAAACCUAUAGUUAUAAGUCACAUAUC